UCGAGACGCACUCGCCCCGACCGACGGCGAGACAGACUCUCCGUCUCCAUUCCCCCACAGCAGCCAGCCAUGGAGAGAAAUGGCGGGAAGCAGCAGCAGCAGCAGCCGGAGACGGCGGCGCCGGCGCCGGCGCCGAGGAAGGGCGCGUGGCGGGACGGCGCCGUCACCUACUUCCACCUCCUCUUCUACAUCGCCAUCUCCGGCGGCCAGAUCUUCUUCAACAAGUGGGUGCUAUCCUCAAAAGAGAUCAACUUCCCCUAUCCAGUGGCACUAACUUUGCUACAUAUGCUCUUCUCAUCUGUAGUAUGCUUUGCUGCUACAAAGAUUUUCAAGGUCAUAAAGAUUGAUGAAGGAAUGACUACAGAUGUAUACGUGAGUUCAGUCAUUCCAAUUGGAGCAAUGUUUGCAAUGACACUUUGGCUAGGGAACAGUGCAUACCUCUACAUAUCUGUUGCAUUUGCACAGAUGUUGAAGGCAAUAAUGCCUGUAGCCGUGUUUCUCCUUGGAACAGCAUUUGGCCUUGAAGAAAUGAACUGUAAAAUGCUUGCUAUCAUGUCUAUCAUCAGCGUGGGAGUUAUUGUGGCCUCUGUUGGUGAAAUUACAAUCAGCUGGGUUGGAGUGGUGUAUCAGAUGGGUGGAGUUGUAGCGGAAGCCCUUAGACUUAUCUUUAUCGAGAUAUUUUUGAAGAAGAAGGGUGUUAGACUGAACUUGAUAUCCAUGAUGUACUAUGUUAGCCCUUGCAGUGCCUUUUGCCUGUUCAUUCCCUGGUUGUUCUUAGAGAAGCCAAAGAUGGAUGCAAGUAUUUCAUGGAACUUCCCACCAAUUACAUUGUUCUUAAACUGCAUGUGCACAUUCGUACUUAAUCUGUCAGUUUUCCUUGUCAUCUCCCGGACAAGUGCACUGACAGCUCGUGUUACUGGAGUUGUGAGAGAUUGGAGUGUGGUGCUGCUGUCAGCUGCUAUUUUUGCUGAUACAAAGCUUACCUUCAUAAACAUAGUUGGCUAUGCCAUAGCCAUAGUAGGUGUUGUUGCAUAUAACAAUCAUAAGCUUAAACCCCAAGCGAACCAGCAGCAGGGCGCUGACAGCAAAGUCAGCCCAGGAAGCCCUCGACAUGUUGAGAUACCAUUGAACUCUACAAAAGAAUCUUCAUAACACCGAAGGUAGUGAGAUCUUGGACAGUAUUUUUUGGGGGAAGGAGAAUUGAGCUCUUGAUUUUGCUACGAGUUGGCCAGCUCUCCAUGGGAUACAUUCUUCCUACAAAUCAACAGGAAGACCGGAAAUUUUGUACAAUGAUAUGUAAGAUACGAUAGCAUACUGAUUUGUAUUAUUGUUGCCCGGAGCAGGGCGGGCACAUCAUAAAGGUCAAUUAGGUUGUGUAGAUGUGUUUGUUGUCUUUAAGGUGCUGUAGAAAUCCAUCAGGUGCUCCCAAAGAUGCAACCUGGUUCUGUUGGUAUACUUCGUUACUUUGGAGGGUCCUGCCAACAAGAUGGACCUGUCUGUAUGCACAUUGUACUUCAAACAUAAAAGAAUACCAUUACUUUUCAAAUAUAAAAGAAUACCAUAUGUGAACUUUUUUUUA